UCUGCACCGGUCUGUGCCACCCCUCAGCCCUACCCCGCCGUCGUUGGGAAGUCAUUGUCGACCAGAUCUCCAUUGUCAGCCGCCGUUACCAUGGCGCGCGUUUACUCCGAUGUCAACGACCGCAUGCCCCGGUCAUACUGGGACUAUGACAGUGUGAACAUUUCCUGGGGGGUUCUGGAGAACUACGAGGUGGUCCGUAAGAUCGGCCGUGGAAAGUACUCGGAAGUCUUCGAAGGUAUCAACGUCGUCAACUACCAGAAAUGUGUCAUCAAGGUCCUCAAGCCGGUCAAGAAGAAGAAGAUCAAGCGAGAGAUCAAGAUCCUGCAGAACCUGGCAGGCGGCCCCAACGUGGUGGCCUUGUUGGAUGUGGUCCGGGACAGUCAGAGCAAAACGCCGAGUUUGGUCUUUGAAUAUGUCAACAACACCGACUUCCGCACCCUCUACCCGCGGUUUACCGACUACGAUGUUCGCUUCUACGUCUUUGAGCUGCUGAAGGCCCUGGACUUCUGCCACAGCAAGGGCAUCAUGCACCGAGAUGUCAAGCCGCAUAAUGUCAUGAUCGAUCAUGAGAAGCGCAAGCUUCGUUUGAUCGAUUGGGGACUGGCUGAGUUCUAUCACAAAGGCACCGAGUACAAUGUGCGAGUCGCAUCGCGCUACUUCAAGGGCCCUGAACUGCUGGUGGAUUUCCAGGAGUACGACUACUCGCUCGACAUGUGGUCCUUGGGAGCGAUGUUUGCGUCUAUGAUCUUCCGCAAAGAGCCCUUCUUCCACGGCAACAGCAACUCCGACCAGCUGGUCAAGAUUGCCAAGGUCCUUGGUACCGAGGAGCUGUUUGAGUACUUGGACAAGUACGAGAUCGAGCUGGAUCCUCAAUACGAUGAAAUCCUCUCGCGCUUCCCCCGCAAGGCCUGGCAUAGCUUCAUCAACGCUGAAAACCAGCGGUUCGUCAGCGAGGAGGCCAUUGAUUUCUUGGACAAGCUCCUGCGCUAUGACCAUGCGGAGCGUUUGACCGCCCAGGAAGCCAUGGCCCACCCGUUCUUUGAGGUCGUCCGGACCACCGAAGCACGGAGGAACAACACGACGUCAGCGUAGGCUCGAAACGUCGAGACGAGCCAUAUUUUUCUCAUGUUACCGAACUUUCUAGGUGCCUGGCUCCCUGUGCUCGGCAACCUGGAUUACUUGAUACGCAUGCUUCAUGUGGUUCUACAUUGAAACAGGGGCCCUAAAACAGAAAGAACCGGAUCAAGAAAAAGACAAAAACAAUAAAAAAAAAGAUAUGAUACUGUCGUAUCGCUGGUUGUUUUAGGCCGGUACGAUCGAAAGGGCGUGGAGAAUGAUUUAUGGCAUAUCGACAGCGACGACGAUGAUGAACAGAUGACUUACACCUAAUCAGUUGGCUACCGUCCCUCUCAGCCCAAUUCCUCCGCGUGCCCCGCGUGACGGUAGUGAGCUAGCUUCCUUCCUGUUU